CAUUUCCGGUAGAUAUGGCUCCGCAGCGAUAAAGUAACAGCAACAAAGAAAGGUCCUGGAAUCCUGAUUUCAUGUGUUUCAGAUAAAUAUUGGACUCUACGGUCAGGACAGAGCCUGUUCUGCCGUUUUCAGGAGCGUACCACAGAGCUGCCGUCGUCAUGGAAACAGAGGAGCAGGCCAGGAACCGUUUCCAGUCCGAGCUGGAGUUUGUUCAAUGUUUGGCCAACCCCAACUAUCUAAACUUUCUGGCUCAGAGAGGCGUCCUGAGAGAGAGAACGUUCAUCAACUACCUGAAGUACCUGCUGUACUGGAAGGAGCCUGAAUAUGCCAAGUUCCUCAAGUAUCCUCACUGCCUCCACAUGUUGGAGCUGCUGCAGUAUGAACACUUCAGGAAGGAGCUGGUCAACGCUCAGUGCGCUAAGUUCAUCGAUGAGCAGCAGCUGCUGCACUGGCAGCACUACUCCAGGAAACGCACCCGGCUGCAGCAGGCGCUCGCCGAGCAGCAGCAGCCGCAGCAGCAGCCGCCGCCACACGGGAACGCCACCACCAAGUGAUGUCACUGGAGGAGGACUGGACUGAACGUGGGACUGAGCAUUGGGCUGAUGUUUGAGACUCUUGAGCCAUAUUUGUUUUUUCUUUGCUUUAUUCUUUUGAACUUUAUGUUUAAAUGUGGUUAUUAAAAAUGUUACAAAGA